CAGGAGAAGCGGUUUCGAUUCCUAAAGAGAGCCACGGCGCUACCCCAAAAGUUUCCCCUAAAACGGUACCUGACAGCUGGGAUCGGUGAGAUCUUACGGCGCGAACCGACCAGGCACGACAGGCAACAAAACAACACACAACAGACAAUAGACACCAGACACCAGACGACAGGCAUCAAUCAUGUCUGCCGUCGCCAAGAAACCGCGUGAAGCGGGCCGCGACCCAACACCAACCUCUACUCCUUCCUCCUCGCCGUCACGCCUCCCACCGCGUGCCUCGACGCCGUCGUCGUCGGCGGCUGCUACUGGUGCUUCGGGUGCUACUUCUAGUGCUGCUAGCAGCACUCCCGGAGUCGCGCGCACCCGCUCCCUCCGCUCAGGGACGCCCGUAUCGGCACGCACAGCCGCCCAUCAGCGGAGAGAUUCCCGCUUAAUGAACAGCAUCACGCCUGCCGAUUCGGAACGCGAAGAUGCUGCGCGCGCCGAAACGGUCGCUCUACUCGACGAUCUGAAGGACCGUCUGGCCAAGGCGGAGGGCGCGUCAGAGCAGUUCAAGAAGCAGGCCGAGGUCCUACAAAGCCGCCUAGACGACGCAAUCAAGGAGCAAGCAAAACUUGAAGAGAAGGUUCACGAGAACGAGGAACAGCUCGAGUCGCUGCGAAAUGAGCGUCGAGAAGCUGGGAGGCAGAUGCGCGAAAUGGAGGCCAUCUACGAGGGCGAGCGGAGCGCCAUGUCAAAGGAGAAGGAAGACAUGGCGAACCGGGAGGAGGAGAUGCAGGCCGUCAUCCAGAGAUUGAAGGACAGCCUGGCCCAGAGGACACUCAACGGGGAUGAUGAGCCCCGGCCCACCAGGCAAUCACAAAACAACUCACCAAGCCUGGACAACGGCAGCUUUGCGCCUCCAUCUUCCAUCCAUCGCAGCGACUCGAGAAACAAUUCCAAGCUCCUACUACAAAAGGACAAGCUCAUCGAAUCCCUGCGCCUAGAACUAGCCGAGGCUCAGAUCAAGCUCGUCGAGACAGAGAACCAGGGCGGGGGACGGCUGCACGAGGUGGAGCGCCUGCUGAUGGAGGCCCGCAUGGCAAAUGCUCGCCUUAUGGAGGACAACGAGAGCUACCAGCUCCUCCUGCAGGAAAAGACCCUAAAGGGGGACUUUGGCACAAGCGACUUCAGCUACAUGGGAGGUGCGGCGGCGAACCAGGAUGCGCUCAACGCGCUCGAGGGAAGGAGCGGCGGCGGGACAAGUCUUGCGGACGAGCUGUCUGAGGCGACGGAGGGCGAGGGCGAGGGCCAGGGCCAGGGUGACAACAGCAGGCGACUAGAGACGGAGCUGCGGUCUCUCAAGGACCAGAACAAGGCGCUGACCCUGUACAUCAACCGGAUCAUCGAGCGCCUGCUCCAGCACCAAGACUUUGAGCACAUCCUGGACCAGUCGAGCGACUUCAAGGCGCCCAACACGAACAAGGAACUGCCGCCGCCGCCGUCGAACAAGCAGGCGACGGGCCCAUGGCUGCUGCAGCGGGCCAAGUCCAUGGCGGUGGGUGCGACCUCGGGAUCCAAGCCGCGGCCCCGCCCUAUGUCGGUCAUGCCCAGCGCGAGCACCAACUCGGCGCUCAACAACCCGGACACGGCGCCGAGCAUCCCCAUCGGCCUGACCCGCUCGACCAGCGUCCGCCGUGGUAGGCCCAUGAGCGAACAGUACACGAGCGGCGGGGGCGGCGUCGGGGCGGCGGGCAUCGUCAACGCCAUGUACAAGGGCAUGGGAGCGGACGGGCCCCUAUCGCCGACCCUGCGGGGGUCGCAGGCCUUCUUCGCGUCGCCAACAUCGUCGUCGGUGGCGGGUGCCAACGGCAACAGCAAGCGCGCGUCGUCGGGCGGCGUGGGAGGCGCCAGCGGCAACUUCCCGGGCAUGCGGAGCGAGACGUCGAGCACAAGCGGCGACGAGUCGGUGGCGAACGCGAGCAGCAGCGGCGACGUGACGACGCCGCCGUCGCAGAGCCCGCCGCGCGCGCACCACCAGGCCGGCGCCGGCGACAAGGCUACCACGCUGGCGGGCAACAAGCCGCGGCCGCUCAGGCUCGUGCAGGAGAACGCCGAUGCGAAGAGCGCCGACACGGCGGCCAAGCGGUCGAGCUGGGUGGCGUGGGCGUUUGGGAACAAGAAAGAUGAGGCGGGGCCGUUGGGGAGCCCGGAUAGUAUCAAGGAGUGAGAGUGAAUUGACUAUGACCUACUAUUGAAUAGUGUUGGAUUCGGGUCGGAGUGGGGGGUUGGUGCCUGGGACUCGGGUUGGUUCGGUGGGGAGGGACAGGAACAUGGAGAGUGCGAUUGCGAUAUAAUUACCUACCUAUACUCUUUUCUCUGCUCUGGGUUUCUGGGAGUUACGUCCAGUUUCUUUCUCUCCUUCUCUCUCUGUGUGUGUCUCUGUGUACGAACGAAACCGGAGCAAAGGUAUCAUCAUCACUGGGCCGGGAACCGGGCAUCACGGGAUUCGCCCUCGGGCAGGCUCGGCGGCAGGUUGGGAUUGUGUAACGUCUUUUUUGGACUUUUCCUUUCACCUCAUCGAGACGGCGAUCUGUUUCUCAUGUAGAGUAUGGGUGUUUUUUUCUUUCUUUCUUUCUUUUCUUUUCUUUUGCAGGGCCCUGACUAGACUCGUGAUUGGGCUUUAUGGGACGGUCGAAGGAGGCGCUCA